UUCGUUGGGACGCCGUGUAGCAUCUAGCGCGUAGGUAUAUUAUUGUGUGGCUGUGCCUCCUUGUGUUGCUGGCGGAAUCUACUUGUUCCAAGAAAAUGGCAGAUGUUAGUAAAGAAGAUCUUGAAAAGGAAAUCGCGAAGAUCCUUAAGAAUGCGAACCUAGCAAAGACCUCAACUAAGAAGGUUAUCCAGAAAUUAGAGAAGGUAUUUGAUACUGAUCUAAGCGAAAAGAAGAAGGUGAUUGAUCAACUUGUCAUGGACUUUGUGAACAGUAAGGGUUCUGACGAAGAAGAGGAAGAGGAAGAUGAAGAAGAGGAGGAGGAAGAGAAAAAGCCAGCAAAACGUGCGGCACCAGCUGCUAAGGCAUCUUCAAAAAAAGCUAGAAAGGAAAGUUCUGAGGAGGAGGAAGAAGAUGGCACAAAUGACAGUGAAUCUGAGGAGGAGAAAAAGAAGCCAGCACCGAAGAAGGGCAAGAAGAAGAAGGGCUCAGAAGAUUCCGAUAGCGAUUGGGGAAAGAAGAAGGAGAAAGCUGCUAAACCUAAAAAGGCUGGCAGCCGCGGCAAAGGAGGCGGUUACACGCGCGCCUACAAACUUUCCCCAGCACUGGCUGAACUCAUGGGUCAAGACGAGAUGCCACGACACGAAGUCGUCAAGAGGGUCUGGACAAUCAUCAAAGAGAAGAAUCUCUAUGACCCCAACAACAAACAGUUCGCCAUCUGCGAUGACGCCCUGUACAAAGUUAUCGGAACGAAGAGAUUUCGCACUUUCGGUAUGAUGAAAUACCUAAAGACGCAUUUCCUUGAUGAAUAAACUAGUAUUUAUUGUAAGUUAUAUUUGUGACGCAGUUUUGUAAAACCCUUCAUCUCACUUACGACCUUUGAGACAUUGAUAAAAAAUUUGUCUUAUAAAGCCUACCUGAACCUACGAAAACGUGGAAUGUUUUAAAAUUAUGCUGACUGUUAGUAAAAUAUACAAAUAGAAUCUAUUGCAAUGGAAUGGAAAAGAGAUGAUAAAAUGUAUAAAAAAUUCUUAACAAACAUUGACGUUUGUAGCGUUUUGCAAAACCGCGCCGAAACUAUCAUUACAUUAUAUAUUCUAUCAAUAUAGACAUACAUUUGAGUAUGUAUUUUUUAUAUUGUUUGAACGAUUGCACUAUUAUCAAUAUUGUCUGAAUAGUUUUUGCCGAUGAAUGUUUAAUGCAAAUUUAGACGUAAGUAUUCUUAAUGACUACAAUUGAAUUAUAUUUCUAUAGAUCUCUGAUAUAUCAUGAUGAAUGAUGAUUUAUAAUUUUAAAUUCAUAAUAUACUUUAUUGUGAUAUUUUAAGGGACGAAAGUGGCAGCUUUGGCAUCAAUUAAUCAGAGUGCGGAAGUGUCCUCCUAUAACUUCUAUACAUUACACAUAAUCAUAUAUUACUCUAGUUUUAUAUUUCCUUUUUAAACAUAUAAUAUUGACUUUACAUGUAUUUAACUAUCAAAAUCAGUGCGUAACAAAUACAGUAAGUCAAUUUUAUCGUACUUGCAGUUGUCAUAUUAAAAAUUAAAUUAAUUAAUUAAAAUUAUUGGACAACAUCACAUACAUUACUCUGAUCCCAAUGUAAGUAGCUAAAGCACUUGUGUUAUGGAAAUCAGACACAAACACCCAGACCCAAG